CCCCACGCAAUUAACCCAAAUAUGGUACAGGAUUCGAUACCUGCUCGUCUCGCUCGCUGGGAGGAGCGUCUACGUUCUCUUACCACUCAAUCACUCUCUACUGACUACGUUCGUCCGGAUCCUCCCCGUAUUAUCGAAGCCGUCCAUACAGUUGCUGUGCCCGAACCUGCUAAGCUCGCUUUACUGCAAUUGGGAAUUCUUGAUGGAUCGAACCCGGUUUCUCCCUUCACGGUGCUGCUUGCGGCCUUCACGGUGCUGGCUUUCAGACUUACCGGAGAUGAAGACAUCACAAUAGGAACUACGGCGGAGAAUAAGGAGCCAUUCGUCCUGAGGACACCAUUGACUGGUCAGACAACCUUUAUUGACCUCUUGAGCCAAGUCAAAGAGGUGAGAUGAGUCUCGAUAGCGUGUCAUCAUUCCUCAGCAUUUUGCUGACCCUGACCCCAGCUUGAAAUUGAGGGUGCUGCGGAUUCGGUGCCGUUUUCGCAACUUGUGAGCCAUUUGCAGUCCAAAUCAAAGGAUCAGGCUCACCCGUGUCUGUACCAUUUAUCGCUUUACCAUGCCCCGGAUGCCCCCUCCAAGCAGUUCCUAUCAUCCCACGAAUUGACCACCGACCUAUCCAUUUAUGUUGAACUCAAUUCCCCCGCCACUUCCCAGUCCCUCCGUUAUGUGCCCCAGAUGCCGAACAUUACCCUCAGUGCACAUUACAAUCAACUGAUAUUUUCAAGUAAGCGCAUAUCUUUCAUGGUCGAUCAGUUGCUGCAGAUAGUUCAAUUUGGAGCAAAGAACCCUGAAAUUUCCGUCGGGUCUAUUCCCUUACAAACUCCUGAGCAGCUUGCAAUACUCCCGGACCCUAGGAAAGAUCUGAAUUGGGGCAGCUUUAGAGGAGCAAUUCAUGACAUAUUCUCUGCUAACGCAAAGAAACACCCUGACCGGGAAUGCGUGGUUGAAACACCCGAUUUUUUUGAGGAAAAUGGGAAAAGCAGGAUCUUUACGUACAGGCAAAUUGACGAGGCAUCGAAUAUUCUAGCACACCACUUCAUAGCUAAGGGGGUGAAGAGGGGUGAUGUGGUUAUGGUGUACGCUUAUAGAGGUGUGGAUCUUGUCGUUGCGGUUAUGGGGGUCUUGAAGGCAGGCGCUACGUUUUCUGUUAUUGAUCCGGCAUAUCCUCCAGCGAGACAAAACAUCUAUCUUCAAGUGGCCCAACCUAGAGCUCUAGUGGUUAUUGCGAAGGCCGGAACAUUGAGCCCUGUUGUGCGAGAGUAUAUCAAAAAUGAGCUUUCUAUCUAUACGGAGGUUCCGGCGCUGGCAAUUCAAUGUGACGGUGUCUUGGUAGGAGGUGAGAUUGGUGGAGAGGAUGCCCUAGCGGACCAAGUUACUCUCAAGGCCCUCGGCACCGGAGUUGUGGUUGGCCCUGAUUCUACACCAACCUUAAGUUUUACUUCCGGAAGUGAAGGCAUUCCAAAAGGUGUUCGAGGACGACACUUCAGUUUAACCUAUUACUUUCCAUGGAUGGCCGAGACCUUUGGGUUAUCUGAGAACGACAGGUUUACUAUGCUGAGUGGAAUUGCCCAUGAUCCCAUUCAGCGCGAUAUUUUUACUCCACUUUUCCUGGGCGCCAAGUUGUUAGUGCCAACAGUUGAUGAUAUCGGCACUCCUGGAAGACUUGCCGAGUGGAUGGACGAAAAUGGUGCUACAAUUACUCAUUUGACACCUGCUAUGGGACAGUUACUCUCUGCACAAGCUACGAGUUCUAUCCCUUCACUCCACCACGCCUUUUUCGUUGGUGACAUUUUGACUAAGAGAGAUUGUCUGCGGCUUCAGUCUCUCGCUCGGAAUGUUAAUGUGGUAAACAUGUAUGGCACCACCGAGACUCAGCGUGCUGUCUCUUACUUCGAGGUUCCGUCCCUCAAUGACAACGCCACGUUCUCUCAAACCCAAAAAGACGUUAUCCCCGCUGGAAAGGGAAUGUUGGACGUACAGCUUCUGGUUGUCAACCGUCAUAACCGCGAGCAGAUAUGUGGAGUAGGCGAGAUUGGCGAAAUCUAUGUCAGAGCUGGGGGUUUAGCCGAGGGCUAUCUACGCAUUCCGGAGAUGACUGACAUGAAGUUUAUCAGGAAUUGGUAUAUUCCAGAAGACCGCUGGGCUUCUCAGGAAAGCACAGGAGACGAGCCUUGGAGAGAAUUUUAUAUGGGGCCUCGAGAUCGCUUAUAUCGGACCGGAGACUUGGGCAGAUAUACCCCGGACGGGGAGGUUGAAUGCAGUGGGCGUGUGGACGACCAGGUUAAGAUUCGUGGUUUCCGUAUUGAGUUGGGUGAAAUUGACACCAGCCUUUCCCAGCAUCCCUUUGUCCGGGAAAAUGUUACAUUGGUCCGCAGAGAUAAGGACGAAGAGCCAACACUGGUUUCUUAUAUUGUACCACUACAUACAACUGAAAUUGACGGACUCCUUAGUGCGGAUGAGACUGCUGAUGAAAACAUUGUGGGGGACGAUAUUGUAAGGGGUUUGAGGAGGUAUCGCAAGCUUAUUGCAGAAAUUAAGGCGUAUCUGAAAGGGAGACUACCAUCUUACGCUGUGCCGACGGUGGUUGUGCCCCUGACCAGGUUACCUUUAAAUCCCAAUGGCAAGAUUGACAAACCUGCCCUUCCGUUCCCUGAUACGGCUCAACUUGCGGCUGCUUCCCGUCGAACUAGGAGAGGUACGAACGCUGCUACGGAUCUUCAAGAGGUGGAAGAUCAGAGUCUCACCCCAGUACAGAGAGACCUUCGUGGUAUCUGGCGCGGCCUUUUGACACACGCUACGAUACCUAUCGGUUUGGAUGACAAUUUUUUUGAUAUCGGCGGUCACUCAAUUCUGGCCACUAGAAUGAUCUUCGAAGUUCGCAAGAAAUUUGUUGCAGAUGUGCCAUUGGGAUCGAUUUUCAAGCAUCCCACUCUAGGAGCGCUGGCUUCUGAAAUUGAGAGAAUGAAGGGAAGCGGAGAAUUGAGUAUUCAAGACAUAGGGGGAACUAGUAGUACAGACUCUGAGGAUAGCAAGAUGUCAAACUAUUCAGCUGAUGCAAAGGAGAUUGUGAAGGCUCUUCCAGAGUCUUUCCCGGCUGCGGAGAAGCCAGCAUUGGGUGGAAAUGUUUUUUUGACGGGGGCUACUGGUUUCCUGGGUGUUUACUUGCUAAGAGAGCUUCUUUCGAGGUCUAAUCCUGCCAUUGGAAAAGUAUUUGUGCACGUCCGGGCAAAGAACACCGAUGCUGCAAUGGAGAGGGUAAUCAAGAGUUGCGAGGCGUAUGGUGUUUGGGAUCCUUCAUGGAGCAGUAGGAUUGUGGCCGUUGUCGGUGAACUGGGGGGUGAACGUUUGGGAAUUAGUGGGGCCGAGUGGAGAAUGCUGACCGAAGAGGUUGAUGUUAUCAUUCAUAAUGGAGCACAGGUAUUGUCUCGUCUUUUUACUUUUACAUGGCAUUUACCAACACCUCUGCUAGGUCCAUUGGGUAUACCCAUACACCAAGCUCAAGCCGGCAAAUGUCACUGGCACCGUAGACACACUUCAAUUGUGCGCCACUGGCAAGCCAAAGUCAUUUGCCUUUAUCUCGUCAACCUCCGUUCUCGAUUCCGAUCAUUACGUGAGACUCUCUGAUACUAUCAUGGAGACUGGUGGUGCAGGUGUUCCCGAGUCGGAUGACCUUGAGGGGUCAGCACUUGACCUUGGUACUGGAUAUGGGCAGAGCAAGUGGGUCGGAGAGUACAUUGUUCGUGAAGCUGGUCGCCGUGGCCUGGGUGGCUGCGUCAUUCGUCCUGGCUACAUCGUCGGCGACUCAAAGUCGGGGGGUGAUUUCUCCCCAGGAUACUUUGUUAUGGACAUCAACGAAAAAUACUAACGGAAUUAGUAACCAACACCGACGACUUCCUUAUACGCAUGAUUAAAGGCUGUGCGCAACUCGGGCAAAUGCCGGACAUCCAUAACACCGUGAAUAUGGUACCGGUGGACCACGUCGCCCGGGUUGUCGUCGCCUGCGCAUUUAAUCCCCCAGACAGCCCCCUCCCCGUGGCACAUGUGACCAGUCACCCAAGACUCCGCUUCAACGAAUUCCUAGGCACUCUCGCGAUAUACGGGUACGACGUUACAAAAGUGGACUACAUCCCCUGGCGCAUUGCGCUAGAGACACACAUUGUCGAGAAAUCUAAGGAUAACGCAUUGUACCCCUCCCUCCCCCUCCCGUUCCUUGUACAGGGAGGAGCUAAUAUGAGAAAGGUACCCUCUCCUGCACUUCGUCCUCGACAACCUCCCUUCAAACACUAAAGCCCCGGAACUCGAUGACUCGAACGCCGUCACCGCGCUUCUCUCGGACAAGGAGUGGACCAGACAAGACAGCUCCUACGGCGCGGGGGUGAGCGUAGAGCAGAUGGGUAUUUAUCUGGCGUACCUUAUUGGCCUUGGGUUCUUGCCACCGCCGAGUAAGAAGGGUGAAUUGGAGUUGCCGGUCGUGAAGAUUGGCGAUAGACAGCGGGGGGCGCUGGAAAGUGUGGGCGGCCGCGGGGCUCUUGUUUAGCUGGCUUUUUGUUUAUUAAUUAUCGGGUAGAUUGGUGGAGUGGCUUGAUGUGUGAUAAAAGCUUGAUCUUUAUCUAGUUGUUGAAUUGCAUGCAAUGCAGACUGGGUGAUGCCCCAAGGGGAAUUAUCUAGUACUCUAUUCGGCAACAGACACUAUCCGCAUAUGGAUCACGAAAUGUUGCUGUAAAGAUGGGGGUUGUGCCGUACGGUGCGGUCUGUCUAAGAAAGAAAAGGGAAAGAA